AGAAGAAAAAAAAAAAGCAAGAGGAGAGACAGAAAGAGAGAGAAAGAAGAAAUCAGACGAACAGAGGUACUGCUUCCUAGGUUAAAAUAAACGGAAUGCUAAUGAAAUAUAACGCUGAGAAAGAGGGUUAAGGCACGAGUCAGUACUAGUCAUGGCGGAGGAGGCGAUCUUAGGAUACUUGGAGAACCAUGAAGAGAUCGCAGACUCCGGUGAGUUCGCAGCCACUCGAGGCAUCGAUCACAACGAUGUUGUCAACGUCAUCAAGAGCCUACACGGUUUCCGCUACAUCGAGGCCCAGGACAUUAAAAGGGAGGCGUGGGUGCUUACAGAUGAGGGAAAAAAAUACACCGCUGAAGGAUCACCUGAGGUACAGCUGUUCUUGGCUGUGCCUCCAGAGGGUAGCAUAUCAAAAGAUGAACUUCAGAAAAUGUUCGAUCCCUCAGUGUUCAAAAUAGGUUGUUCACAAGCUGGGAAAAAUAAAUGGGUGGAAAUGGGAAAGCAAGUAUCCAGGAAGGUUCAACAUGUGGAAGACAAGGUGAAAGAUUUACUUUUGCGGAUACAAGAUGGACAGGCAAUUGACAAAGAUGGAAUCAAUGCUCUCAAAGCUAGAAAGCUUAUUGUUUCUCAGACAUGGAAGGGCUACUCAUUGAGAAAAGGACCCAAUUAUGCUCCAAAAAGAAAGAAAGUUGCCACUGAUUUGACUCGUGAAAAUCUCCAGAGGGGGGACUGGAAAGAAUUAGAAUUCAAAGAGUAUAACUUCAAUGCUAAAGGACAGCCUGCUGAAGCAGGCCAUCUUCACCCUCUACUCAAGGUGCGGAAGCAGUUAAAAGACAUAUUUCUUCAGAUGGGAUUUGAGGAGAUGCCAACAAACAAUUUUGUCGAAAGCAGUUUCUGGAACUUUGAUGCAUUGUUCCAGCCACAGCAACACCCAGCUCGUGAUUCACAUGAUACAUUCUUUCUAAAAGCUCCUUCCACUACAAGAACGUUACCUGAAGAUUAUGUUGAGCGGGUUAAAUGUGUUCACGAGUCUGGUGGUUAUGGAUCCAGGGGAUAUGGAUAUGAAUGGAAAAGAGAGGAAGCAAACAAAAACCUUUUGCGUACUCACACCACUGCUGUUUCCUCCAGAAUGCUUUAUGUACUAGCACAGAAACCUUUUGCUCCAAAGAAAUACUUCUCCAUAGACCGUGUCUUCAGAAAUGAAGCUGUGGACCGAACACAUCUUGCAGAGUUCCAUCAGAUAGAAGGUCUGGUCUGUGAUCGAGGGCUUACUCUUGGUGACUUGAUUGGAGUGCUACAUGACUUUUUCUCACGUUUAGGAAUGUCGAAAUUGCGUUUCAAGCCUGCUUACAAUCCAUAUACCGAACCAAGCAUGGAAAUAUUCAGUUAUCAUGAAGGUUUGGGGAAGUGGGUGGAAAUUGGUAAUUCUGGCAUGUUUAGACCAGAAAUGUUGCUUCCAAUGGGACUUCCAGAAGAUGUUCGAGUCAUUGCAUGGGGUCUUUCCUUGGAAAGACCGACCAUGAUAUUGUAUGGGAUUGAUAACAUCCGAGAUCUAUUUGGCCACAAGGUUGAUCUUGACCUCAUUAAAAGGAAUCCAGUCUGCCGCAUUGGAAUCAACUAAAUCAAUGUUCUUCUUUUUUGUAUCUCCCGUAAUUUCUUUAACGUUAUUUAUUCGAAGAAACACGAUCGUCCCAGAAAUACAAGGAAAAGACUAACUACCGGAUUAGAUUUUUUGGGUUCAUGAAUAGGUGGCAAAUUUUGGUUUUGGAGUGUCGAGUCAGUCGCAUGCAUUUGUCGAUUCUAUAAACUGUUUUGUGUCAAUUUGCCAUCUCUUUUACUUAUUACAUGGUUAACGAUCCAUAAAUACCCAGAAGUUUCAGAGUGAAACAUAUUCUCCUUGAGUUAAAGCUUGGAUUAUGUGCC